AUGGCGUCGUCUAAAGAAAUGUGCGAGACAUGUCUGUUUGAUACAAAAAAUAACGAAGCGACGUUAUUUUGUGUGGAUUGCAAUGAACCACUUUGUGAUGGUUGUGGGGCCGUCCAUCGAAAGCAGCGCCUAAGUCGUCACCACAAACUGUUUGACAUCGGCAAUGCACCACCAACUGAAGUGCUGGCUACACUCAGGGCGCUGACGGCCUGCCCAAACCACCUGGCAGAGGAAGUGGAGUAUGUUUGUCGCGAGCACGACCAGUUAUGCUGCAGCAAGUGCGCAAACACCGUCCAUCGCAAGUGUGACCAGUUAGAAACAAUUGCAGACCUUAUGGAUAAACCGAACGCCAACGACACUAAACCCAUCGUUGAACUCGGAAAGUUUAAAGACUUCGCAAAGGAAAUGAAAGAUCACGAGAGUAAGCAUAAAGCAGCAAUCGAAGAGUCAGUUACAGAGACUGAUACAACACUCCAGCAAACACAGGCAAAACUUAAAGAGGCAUUGGAGGGGCUGAACGUCAGGAUAAACCAUGAAAAGGAAAUACAGAAAGAUAAACUGAAGAAGCAUUCCGAAAAACAGGAUUUCGCUAUACAGAUCUUUGAAAGAAAAGUCGAAGAAGAAAGGAAAAAGAUGGAAUCGGUUUCAAAACACGGCCAGCCCGUUCAUUGCUUUCUGUUAGGCUGGGAAAUGAAGAAAUCUACCUUGGCCGCACUGAAAAAGGGCGCUUCUGAAAUUAAAAAAAGCGCAAGUCAGCAUGUGCUUGUUUGCAAACAUUCUAAAUCUUAUGAUGGCCUUGAAAGAGAGAUUGGCGUGUGUUUAGAGAUUGAUGCGAACGCACUUCCAGUGUGUCAAGUUAGCAUUCCUUACGUGCCCAACACAUUAUCACAGGAUCCGAUCCAAAUUGGUACAAUAGAAUUGCGUGUAGCUGAAAAGCAUGAUUUCCAAAAUGACAUGUCAAGAAGAGGUAGAGCUAACAGACAAUGGAAGAGAAUGACACCACAAGCAGACACAAUACCCGGGCAGUGUUCCCUUGUAUGGAUGGAUGGACUUUUGAUUAUUUUGGAUGAACGACUGAGUGAAAUACGUGUGGUAAACUGGCCCGAAAAGCGCAUUUAUUGUAAUCAAAUAGGUAAUAUAAUCCCAGAGUUUUAUACCUAUAAUGCUGCUGAGGAAUGUUGCAUUUCGGAUCUUAAUGGAGCAGACUUUGCCUACUGUAAUUCGCGAUUCAAAAAAGUGUUUGUUAUGAACGCAACAGAAACCAAUGUAGUCGUUCGAAAGCAAAUACAAAUGCAGGACACAGUCAAUCUGUUAUGUAAGGAUAAGGACAGUGGGUGCAUCGUUGCGCUUUCCAAGCGGCGUUCCACUCUCAUGCUUUUGUCCACAGACGGGAAACUGGUAGGCGAGUUACCGGCGGGCCAUUCACUAAGUAAAUAUAUAAACAACGCAGGCAGCAUGGCAUAUGCCAACGGAAUGGUGUAUCUUACAUGUACUACCCAAAACCAAGUCGUCGGCUUCAGCAUCGACGGCUCUUUAAGGUUCACAUACACGCACCAGAAUUUACACCGUCCUGGAGCUGCCGUGGUUGGGCCCAAUAAUACGUUGUUUGUCGCCAGCAGGGGCGGAAACGCCAUUCAUGUCGUUGAUGCAGACGGGAAGCAAGUUAAAAAACUCCUGCAUGGAAAGAUAGAAGCACCGUGUGCAUUGGCAUUUGACAAUUGCAUGGAACACAUGGCUGUUUUGCAAGAAAAUGACGUCAUCAAAAUGUUCAAGUUCAAAUAG